AUGGCCUACUCCGAUCGACACCGAGCACUGGACCCGUAUGAUGUCUUCGAGUACGCGCGCCAGCCCCAAUUCUGGCUCCUCGGCGCCGCUCUCAUCGCCAACUUCAUCGCCACUACAAUCUUUAUAUCCCACACUGCCAAGGCCAAGGCCGACGAGGAAUCGCAAGGCACUCUCCCCAGCCACAACCCGAAGACCACCACCACCCCACAACCUGCGCAACCCGCCCACCAACCCGACAACGACGACGACGACGACACCACCAAAGAAGAAGCCCCCCACCCCAACCCCGACCCACCACAGCCAGCGGCCGAACAAACCCCCACCCGCCCCGCCCUCCCACGCCGCUGCACGCGCUGGCUCGCGCCGCACCUAACAACGAAAUGGCACACGGCGCUCGCCGUCGCCGUCUACCUGGCCAUCCUGGGCGCGCAGCUGCAGGAGGGGGUCUGGGUGGGAGUGACGUUUGGGAGGGUCUUGGGCGUGAUGUCUCAGCAGUGGUCGAUGUGGUUCCGCGCGGGCAGUUGGCUGGGGACGGGCGUGUAUGGGUUGUUGAUUCUGGUGUUGGCGCUGCUGGGGGCGGGGGGCGCGUAUCUUGGGGCGCUGGCGGUUGCGCUGCAGUUUAAUUGUGUUGUGGAGCUGUGUUUUUGUGCUUAG